CUAAAGCCCGAGCUCGUUCGCUCUCAAAUAGUAAUAAUCAACCUCUACCCUGGACAAGAAUAAGUCUAGAAAGGAAAAAGAGAAAAGAGAAAAGAAACAGAAAGCUAGGAUGGCAUCCAGCCAGGAUCUCGAAUCAGAGAUCUCAACGCCACUCUUAGGAACCCAUCAGUCCAGAGCGCACGUCGAGUACAAGCACAAGCGAUGGACCCUGUUUCUCUUAUGCACGGUGAUUGUCACACUUGACUUUGGCACUUUCCUCUCCCUCGCUCCACAGACUCAGAUAAUGGAAUCAAUCAUCUGUCGCAGGUUUCAUCCAGGACUAUUUGUCGAUCUCCCGUAUGGACAAUUCUUAUCGGAUGAUACACCCUGCAAAUCUGUAGAUGUACAGGGGGAGCUGGCAUUGAUCAGUGGAUGGAAAGAUACAUUGGACCAAAUCCCGGGAAUCAUCCUGGCCCUUCCAUUGGGCUUCCUGUUAGAUCGCAUUGGCCGCAAACCAAUUGCAAUGCUAAGUAUGAGCGGACUACUCAUGGAGGAGAUCACGAUCCGCAUCAUCUGCUUGUACAGUGAGGAAAUUCCUCUUCGAGCUAUCUGGUUCACACCUUUAUUUCAAUUAUGUGGUGGUGGUUCUCAAAUAGCCAGCUCUGUGGCCUUCACCAUCGUCACAGAUAUCUUUCCCGCAGAGCAGCGUGCAAACAUAUUUUUUGUGCUCUUUGCGGCUGUUCUACUUGCCGAGAUCCUCGCAACUCCUCUGAGUGCUUGGCUUAUGUCCUGGUCGCCGUGGCUCCCAUUCCUACUCGGCUGGCUCUGUGAGGGUUGUGGCUUACUGGCAGCCAUACUCAUCCCGGAAACUCUUCCGAAGUCACUAAACGAAUUAGGAUCUGAAUCGGUAGACGAGGAGCAUGAAUGCCUUGUCCCUCCACCCACUUCGCCGGAGUGGAAGGGGUCCCUCUAUAGUGUAGGGUCCCAUAUCAUGCACUUAACUGCAUUUGUUUGGGGAAAUGUCAACACAGUGGCUAUUUCAAUUGCAUUCCUGGCGGCUAGUGUUGGAGGGCAGGCCCUCCAGUUGAUCAUCCAAUAUGCUUCCAAGCGCUACUCAUGGACUAUGGCUAAGGCAAGCUUUCUCAUCUCCCUAAAAGGAAUGAUCGAUCUCGUCGUCUUGCUUCUAUUGCUACCAAUUAUCUCCCACUACUUAAACCGGUACCUCUCUCCAGCUAUCAGAGAUCUUCGAAUAACACAGGGAAGUGCAGCUAUUCUAGCAGUUGGAUUCGGCCUCAUGGCAGUGGCCGAUCACCCAGUGCUGUUCGCCUUCGGUGUAUCCAUUCUGGCCUUAGGAUGGGGCUUCUUUUCCACCCUCCGCAAUGUGGCCACAACAUUGGUUGCAGAGUCUCAAAUCGGAACGCUCAACACCACAAUCGCUCUUGUCCAGGGGGUUGGGAGCAUGAUUGCUGGACCGUUGCUCGCCAGUACAUUUAGGAAAGGUAUGGCUUUGGGCGGUACCUGGAUGGGUUUGCCAUACAUGAUGGGUGCUAUACUGUUUUUGCUGGCAGGGCUGGCCGCGUCUAGUGUACGGACGCCUCGUUAAAAUCCACUUCUCAUCUAAAAAAAAAAAUUAAUAUCGAUAUCCAGUGGAUAUAUACGUCAUGGUGUUCUCUAGGAUUUUUUAUAUCUUUCGGCUUUUUCUCUCUUUCUUAGGCGUAACGUAUAGCAUGAGUUUAUGCAACAAUUUAACUCGUGGGCCUACUUUGACCUGCCAUCGAAGAGCACAUGUGAAAACGUUCGGAGAAUUGGAACACGAGCAAGGAGGGCAAAUUUUAGGAUGAAUCAAUAUCUGCGUACACCUUACCUUACCUCUCCAGUGAACUCGCAAUUAGUUUGGGUGCUGGGUAACUUAACACCUGACCUCCUGCUGCAUCUGGCGACGGUAUUAAAAGGUAGCAGGAAAUGCCUCGGUGUAUGUACGGAGGAUGUACUUUUAAUACGAGGGUAAAAGCAAGGCACCCCUUUUAAACCGUAAAGAGUCAAUUCUGUUAGGUUCCAUGCGUCAGUCUCACUCCAUAAGGGUUCAUCGAACUUAUUCUUGAGUUCCACAGGGGUGAUCU